GUUUUCAUUAUAAACAUUUAAUUUUAAAUUCAACUAGCGGUGGAGGAUUGAUUGUCAAUGAUGGCAGCGCUGCCGGAAACAUGGCGUCCAUCUUUCUUUCAGUUGGUUGACAGCAGAGUGGCGAGACACGCGGUAGUUGUUCUCGUAAAAAUAUACGAUAAAAAUGGCACCCCGAUAUGAAAUGGCUGUUGGCCUCAACAAGGGCCACAAGACCUCCAAAAUCCCCUCUGGCAAGACCAAGGCCGAUAAAGUCAGGCCCACUCGUCUAAAGGGCAUCCAGACCAAGCACACGAAGUUUGUUCGUGAUCUUAUCCGCGAGGUAUGUGGACACGCUCCCUAUGAGAAGCGCGCUAUGGAAUUGCUGAAGGUUUCCAAGGAUAAGCGUGCGUUGAAAUUCUUGAAGCGUCGUUUGGGCACACACAUCCGUGCCAAGAGGAAGCGUGAGGAACUUUCCAACAUCCUUACCCAGAUGCGUAAGGCCCAAGCGCACGCUAAGUAAGCUGUAAAAUUACAUAUUAUUUACAAAAAUAUAAGUUUACAAAAAGUA